UCUUUCUUUCAGUCACUUUGCAAACAAUGGCGAAUAUGGAGAAGGAAAACAUCUACACUUCACUGGAGAAACAUAGGGAGAGUAUUUAUGACAUACUAGGACCAACAAGGGACAGGAAAGCAGGACACAUGGAUGAUUUUUGUAAAACAUGGAAACCCAAGGCAAAAAGCAAUCCUUACUGCUCUAUGAAUGACAUGAAGCCCACCAUGAAGACAUCGAUAGGUGUACCUGCAGAGGCUCCAGAGACUCCUGUCCAUGUGAAUAACAAAGGCUGCCGAUUCAAACUGCUUCUCUCCCUCAUCUGUAUUUUGGUAUUGGUUGCCCUGGUUGGUUUUGCUGUGUAUUAUUUCACAUACAUGAAAAAAGUGGUGCAAGAGAAGUCGUGUGGUCAAAACUACACUUUAUUUUUAGAAGAAAACAAAGAUCUGCAGAGGGAGGUGACACAGCUCAAGGAGAGAGUAACAGCAGUGGACGAAGCCUGUCCAGUAAGAAGCACAUCUGUACAGGGUCAGACGUGUUCCGUGUGUCCAUAUGGCUGGAUGCUGUUCAAUUCCAGCUGUUAUUUCUUCUCAACUGAUUAUCUGAAGUGGAAUGAAAGUCAAAAUCACUGCACCUCAGUGGGAGGCUACCUGGUGAUUAUAGAGGAUGAAGAGGAGCAGAAUAUUUUAACAGCCCUCGUAGACAUCAAAGGAGCUAUGGAUAAAUCCUACUGGAUUGGACUGACGGAUCAGAAGAUAGAAGGUCAAUAUGUAUGGGUGAAUAACAAAACUCUGAAGUCAAAUCAAGGGUUUUGGGGUAAAAAGGAACAUGACAGUGGGAAAGACCCAGACAACUGGACUGAUAAUGGGAAACUUCCCGCUGGAGAGGACUGCGUACACAUACAGAAAACACAGCGCUACAGUGGCUGGUAUGAUAUUCACUGUGAAAGACCUUUGAAAAGGAUCUGUGAGGGAGCAGCAGCAACCUUUCCAGCUCAUGUCUAAAUUGUACAUGGGAGAAACUGAAUCAUCGUCUUCACUCUUCGGGGUAGCUUUUAUUGUAUAUGCACUUGGAUAACAUUAUUGCUAACAGUUUGGAAAGGAACGGCAUUGUCCCAAAUGGCUUCCCUCUUUUUAAAGAAUACUGGACAAACAAGUGGAAUACAUGAGGUUUGGGGAAUUUUCCUGAUAUUGUGUUCACAUAAAAAUAGAUCUGCCUUAAUAAUGUAUAAUAUUUGAAAUUCAUAUAAUACAGCCAAUUUAUACAAGUAGUAUAAAAUAUAUUUUAUAUUUUUGAACUGACUUUGAAAAUAUUUUGGUUUAUUUAAUACAAAAUGGUUACAUGAGAAUUAUAGGAGACUCAGUUGGGUCUACACUUCACUUUCCAGUUGAUUAAAAAGGCCUUUUGCUUAAUUUUAACACACACAGUUAACUGGAUAAGCUGAUCAAACAGUCAUAAUUUAAUGAUGAAGACCUGGUCCUCCACUGAAUAAUUCAAGCCUGAUUUGAAAUCACAGGAUAAAUGUCUUUGUCUGAAAGAUUCAAAUUUAUAUAAAUAGAUGUGUGAAAAGUUAUUAAGAAAAAAGAAAAAUGAGACACCUACUCAAUUGAUAACUAUAAAGGAAAAGCUGUAAAAUAUUCGAAUUAGGUAACAUUUCUAUGAAGUUUAAUUUCAAUUAAAAUGCAGAAGAGUUGCCUCAGCUGAAGAAAGUCAGAAUACAAGACAAAGGAAAUGUACAGAACAUCUGUUCAGGAAGCAGCCCAUAAGAUUUACUGGAUAUAAUGAUUAAAAUAUGUAUGUUUUCAUUGUUCUGGCACUUGGGUAUUUUCUAAUGAUAAAUAAAUAUUUGAACAUUUUUUCUCAGA